UCUGCCAGGAUCUCUUUGGCUGCGACCCACGCUGUGCCUUCUCUUCCUCCCGGUCCAUCCCACUUCAAAGUUGCGCCCAUCGAACGACCGUCAACAGCAAACACCAUGUCGGUCCUUGCCCAAGACGCUUCCAUCGACGAUACCCGAGUGACGGACUACUUCCCGCUAGUUCCGCCCCAGAUCCUACAAAUGGAGCACCCGUUGACUGGCCAGGCCCAGAAAACUAUCCAAGCUACCCGCAGAGCGAUCGCAGGCAUCCUCGGUGACCAGGACGAUCGACUCCUCGUCAUUGUCGGUCCCUGCUCGAUCCACAACCCCAGCGAGGCCCUUGAAUAUGGACACAUGCUCAAGUACAUGUCCGAUCACCUCCGUGAUGACUUGGUCAUCGUUAUGAGGGCAUACUUUGAGAAGCCCCGAACGACAGUGGGCUGGAAGGGUCUGAUCAAUGACCCCUACAUCGACGGAAGCUUCCAGAUCAACAAGGGGCUGUCGAUCGCCCGAAGUCUGCUUAUCAGUCUGAACGAUAUCGGAGUCCCUACUGCCAGUGAGCUCCUGGAUACGAUAUCGCCUCAGUUUAUCGGCGACUUGCUCUCUUGGGGAGCUAUCGGUGCUCGCACAACCGAAUGCCAACUGCAUCGGGAACUGGCCUCGGGUGUCUCGUUUCCGGUUGGGUUCAAGAAUAGCACCGAUGGAAACAUUGACAUUGCAGUUGAUGCAAUCAAAUGCUCGGCCAAUCCGCACCGAUUCCUGGGAGUGACAAAGCAGGGCCUCGCAGCCAUCACAUCGACAAAGGGAAACAGCCAAUGCCAUGUGAUCCUGCGAGGCUCGAAGCAUGGGCCCAACUACUCGGAGCAGGAUAUCAGCGAGACCAGGACGAAGCUCGAGCAGCAGGCUUGUCGAGCCAAAGUCAUGGUCGAUUGCUCGCACGGGAACAGCUGCAAAGAUCACCGCAACCAGUCCAAGGUGGUUAGCAGUCUGGCCGCUCAAAUUGCUGCCGGUGAAACAUCUAUUUUUGGGGUCAUGAUCGAGUCCAAUAUCAACGCUGGCAGCCAAAAGAUCACCUGGCCGCCCCAGGGCCCACAGUCCCUGGCCUAUGGAGUCUCGAUUACGGAUGCCUGUAUCGACUGGAGCGAGACCGUUACUGCUCUCGAGUCGCUUGCCAAAGCCGUCAGGGCUCGUCGGGAGCUCCAGCAAGUCUAGACCAACGGAGAAUGUGUGCGCUUUGAUCAGAAACUCUGCAAGCCGUUUUGUACAAGGGCACCCAGACCCAAGCCAACUCGGGUUUUGUGUAUCCUUCAUUCUUUAGAGUGUGCUUGGUUCGCCAUUGGCUACUCAACCCAUGAGAUUUCGUGCUAUUCGUCGCCUGGCCGCUUGUAUGGCCAC